UCGGAGGAGGAAGUGAAAGGGGAACAGAGGAGCAGUAGCAGUCAGUUAGCCGCUGUCAGGCGAAGCGUUUCAGAGCAAAGUGCCAAAUUUACGGAGCGAAGCUGCGGGAAAUCCGCCUCGGCAGGUCAGGACACGGGUUUAUAAGUGUUUACGGAAAAGGGCUGGCGUGUUUUUUAUUUAAAAAAACAAAGCAAAGAGCUGUUGCCAAAUUAAAAACUCGAAAACCGACGACUAACGUAACGCCUUUACCGUUAGCCACCGAGGCUAACCGUCCUGAACAAUAACAGCUCGGCUCGGCUCGGCUCGGUUCCCCCCGCCAAGAAGAAGAAGAAGAAGAAGCAGCCUCCUCUCCGGUGUGCGUGUGUGUGUGUGUUACAAGUUGAAACUGUGGCAAAAUGACAUCCAGGAAGAAAGUGCUCUUGAAAGUCAUCAUCCUGGGAGAUUCUGGUGUUGGAAAGACCUCCCUAAUGAACCAGUAUGUGAACAAGAAGUUUAGUAACCAGUACAAAGCUACAAUAGGAGCAGACUUCCUGACCAAGGAGGUGAUGGUGGACGACCGGCUUGUUACAAUGCAGAUCUGGGACACAGCUGGCCAGGAGAGGUUCCAGUCUUUGGGUGUUGCAUUCUACCGUGGAGCAGACUGCUGCGUGCUGGUGUUUGACGUGACUGCGCCCAAUACCUUCAAGACACUCGACAGCUGGAGGGAUGAGUUCCUGAUCCAGGCCAGCCCUCGAGAUCCUGAGAACUUCCCCUUCGUGGUGCUAGGCAACAAGAUUGACUUGGAGAAUAGACAGGUAACCACCAAAAGGGCCCAGGCUUGGUGUCAGAGUAAGAACAACAUCCCCUACUUUGAGACCAGCGCCAAAGAAGCCAUAAACGUAGAACAGGCAUUCCAGACAAUUGCACGUAACGCCCUCAAACAAGAGACAGAGGUGGAGUUGUAUAAUGAAUUCCCAGAGCCCAUAAAACUGGAUAGGAAUGACAGAGCUAAACCUUCAGCAGAAAGCUGCAGCUGCUAAGGGACAACAACUUGGACCAUCUUCUCUCUUGGCUUUCUGAAACACCCUGUCACCAGAUACAUCACCCGCACCUCGCUCCCAGGGAUUGGACGUCCCUACUGGUCUUCCUCCUUCAUGCCACCGUUUCAUUCCAUCAACACGACCCCCUCCCCAUCACGCAGUACGCUGCACACGGAUGUACCCACCCCCGCACGUACACACAAAUUAAUACAGUAAGCGUACUGUUAGAAAAAGAAAUACGCCGACAAAUCAAGUGCCCAAAGAUCGCACAAGAGAAGAACGACACCCCGUCUUAACCUCACAAUCCCCCCUGACUCCUCGAUAGCGAGUGACCUCUGCCCCCCUGCCCACACAUUUUUCUGACUGGCCCUCACUCUCACACUGAGGGGGCAAGAUGGAGCCAUGUUCAAAGAGUGCUAUUAGGAACUCUAGAUGGACUGGCUGAUGCUCUGUAAUGUGAGAUAAUGUUGGCUAACGUCAGCAUCCCAAGUAUCUUAUUCUCUUUCUGUUUUGUGUUUGCUUUCUUUUGCAUAUAUAUAUUAUAUAUAUACUUUAAUAUAUAUGCUAAUCUUAUUUGUUAAGCCAAUCUGAAACACUUGUUUUUGUUUUUGUUUUGUUUUUUGCACUUUGUUAUGUUUUUGCCUUUAAAUGUUUUAGAGGGAUGACUGAUUUUGGGCAACAUCUGCCCCCCCCUCUCCCACCCCACCACCCGCACGCCUUUUGGGUGAGCUUCAAAUUAACACCUCGUCACUUGUCAGUCACCCGCCCUCUGAGAAUCUGUCGAACACUUUGGUGAUUGUACUGCCUUUUCCCUGAAGGAUUCUGUGUAAAUUGGUUUCUAACUGCGUCACACUGCAGAAGAAAUGUUCCUAAGUAGUCAUUAAGAAAAAGCUGAUAACAGUCACAGUGUAAAACAUUGAUUAAUUCCUUUACAUAUUAAUAUUUGCCUUUUAUGUAACAUUACUUGUACUGCUACUAUUACUGCUGUAUGUGUUACGUCCUCCAUCAGACAUCUUUCAACGCUAUGGAAUUACAAUAUGUGUCACUUACACGGCAUACACCUGUCUUCUGUCACGUCUUUGUUAUUGCUGUUCUCUAUCUGCUUGUAGCUCAGGUUGGCAAGUACUUAAUAUUUUUAACGGAUUGUGCAUUACGGUGUAUAGAUGGUAAAGGUAAAUGGCUGAUGGGUUGAACUGAAAUGGAUGGUCUGUCUUUCCAUUUGAGAAAAGAUCCAACUUGUUGCCCUGGUAUUACUCUUUCUCCUUAUAGAAAAAAAAAAUCACUGCGAUGCCAAUGAUGUUGUCAAAGAAAAUUGGAACGUCAAAUAAUAAAACUCUUGAAUAUAUUAA